CAUUUCAAGCGCCUCUGUUCGUGAGCACGUGGAUAUGCGGGUUUGUUGAUUGAAAAUAUUGUUUGAUAGUGCUGAUAAAAUGGGUAAAGCGAAGAAAGUCAAAGUGUCAAAAGGCGAGGCUAAAGUAGGCCUGGCGGAACAAAUAGAAAUCGAAAAAACGACAAAGUCGAAAAACAGGCAAAAGGUCAGGCAUCGAACCGAGGAAGACGAAGAGUAUAUAGCUCCUACACUGACGAAGAAAAUCCUCUCGCAAGCCAGACAACAGCAGCAAGAGAUCGAGGAGGAGAUCGGCUUGAACGAUCCUAAGAGCGUGAAGAAACCGACAAUACAACUAGGUGCUGACUUCAGUGAUGUGGAGGAGUCCAGUGAUGAGGAGAAAGUAGAGAGCAUUCCCUUCUACGAGAACAUAGAGAUAAACGAGGAAGAUGAACGCGCGCUGCAGAUGUUCAUGUCCAAAGACCCGAUGCCUACAAGGACACUGGCGGACAUAAUACUGGAAAAGCUGACGGAGAAGAAAACAGAGAUCGAGACUCAGUUCUCAGAUGCCGGCACUGUACAUAUACAGGAUCUGGAUCCACGGGUCAAAGCGAUGUACGAGGGUGUUAGGGACGUCCUGGUGAAGUAUCGUAGCGGCAAACUGCCAAAGGCCUUCAAGAUCGUGCCCAGUCUGAGGAACUGGGAGCAGAUACUAUACAUCACAGACCCACCACGAUGGUCCGCAGCUGCUAUGUACCAAGCGACCAGGAUAUUCGCUUCGAACCUGAAAGACAAGAUGGCCCAGAGGUUCUACAACUUGGUCCUGCUGCCGCGAAUCAGGGACGACUUAGCGGAAUACAAAAGAUUGAACUUUCACCUGUACCAGGCACUGAGGAAAGCGCUCUUCAAGCCGGCUGGAUUCAUGAAGGGAAUUCUGCUGCCGCUCUUAGAAUCUGGCACAUGCACGCUCAGGGAGGCCGUGAUCAUCGGGUCUGUGAUCGCGAAGAAUUCCAUACCGAUUCUGCACUCCUCAGCGGCCAUACUGAAAAUUGCGGAAAUGGAUUACACAGGUGCGAACAGCAUCUUUCUCAGGAUAUUUUUGGAUAAGAAAUACGCUCUUCCAUACAGGGUAGUGGACGGAAUAUUGUUUCAUUUUCUCAGGUUCGAACGAGAGACGAGAGAAUUGCCGGUAUUAUGGCAUCAAGCCCUCUUGACCUUCGUACAACGAUACAAGAGUGAUAUAAGUUCCGAGCAAAAGGAGGCUCUGCUGGGUUUACUGAGGAAACAGUCACAUUAUUCGAUUACUCCUGAAAUAAGGAGAGAGUUACAACAUGCGAAAUGCAGAGACAUAGAGAUGACAGAACCCAAGCCGGAGCCGAUGACUUCCUGAGUUAUAUCGAAUACAUCAUCGAAUAUGAUGCAACAUGUAUAUAUAUUGAAAUAUUAAAAUUGUUUCAUCAGUAGUGUAAUUAUACGCGCUAAUUACAAACGGGAAUUUUUAUUUAUCAAACGAGAUUGAAGUCUCGUUGAGCUGGAUGUUGUAUUUUGGAAAGUCGGACGAUAGGUGACAAAAUUUGACUGACACGAACUGCGGUGUAAAAAUACAUUUUGUAUUUGACCUUA